CCCGGCCUCUGCUGGUGAAGGUUGUGUCUUCACAUCCACUUCUUGGGGCCCCUCCGGUCCUGGUACCUCUCAGCUGGUGGCUCUGUCUCUUGAGCCCGACCGCCGCCGAGCUCCCACUUCCCGCGGUCAGCAGCCUCCCGGCCCUCCUCCACAGAGGAGGGGCCACUCACUCCAGCCAACUUCGGGAGAAAAUGUCUGGAAUUCCGUUUCCGCUUUAGGGAGUGGACAGUGAUUUUUUUUUUUUUUUUUUCCCUAUCCUUCACUUCCAAACCAACUUAUAUUUCCACGUCCGCUCGGGCAGUUCGGUGACAACUGUCCCGGAUCGAACCGCCGCAACGACCAUGGCCUCUUCGCCUCAGAAGUCACCGUCCUCUCCGAAAUCCCCGACGCCCAAAUCUCCGUCCUCCAGAAAGAAAGACGACUCUUUCCUGGGGAAACUUGGCGGAACUUUGGCAAGAAGGAAAAAGGCGAAAGAAGUGUCUGAGCUUCAGGAGGAGGGGAUUAAUGCCAUCAACCUUCCUCUCAGCCCCUCCCACUAUGAGCUGGAUCCCGAGGACACCAUGCUCGAGGAGAAUGAAGUGCGCACCAUGGUGGACCCUAACUCCAAGAAUGACCGCAAACUGCAGGAGCUAAUGAAGGUGUUGAUCGACUGGAUAAAUGAUGUUCUGGUGGGGGAGAGGAUCAUUGUAAAGGAUCUGGCUGAAGAUCUGUAUGAUGGACAGGUCCUGCAGAAACUAUUUGAAAAGCUGGAAGGUGAGAAAUUGAACGUAGCAGAGGUGACUCAGUCAGAGAUCGCCCAGAAACAGAAGCUGCAGACUGUACUGGAACGCAUCAAUGACUCGCUCAAGCUCUCCACCAGGAACAUUCGCUGGAACGUUGACUCUGUUCAUGCCAAGAGUAUAGUUGCCAUCCUGCACCUGCUUGUGGCACUGUCGCAACACUUCAGAGCACCAAUCAGAUUGCCAGACCAUGUUUCUAUUCAAGUGGUGGUUGUCCAGAAAAGAGAGGGCAUCCUUCAGUCCAGACAAAUUCAGGAGGAAAUCACUGGCAACACAGAGGCUUUCUCUGGCAGACACGAGCGAGACGCUUUCGACACCCUGUUUGACCACGCUCCAGAUAAACUGAAUGUUGUCAAAAAGACAUUGAUCACAUUUGUGAACAAACACCUGAACAAGCUCAACCUGGAGGUGUCUGAAUUGGACACACAGUUUGCAGACGGUGUUUACCUGGUCUUGCUGAUGGGGCUGUUGGAGGGAUACUUUGUGCCACUCUACAAUUUCUUCCUCACACCAGAGAAUUUUGACCAAAAGGUCCACAAUGUGUCCUUCUCCUUUGAACUGAUGCAGGACGGAGGUCUGGAGAGACAAAAGCCCCGACCAGAGGAUAUAGUCAACUGUGACCUUAAAUCGACACUGCGCGUUCUCUACAACCUCUUCACCAGGUACCGGAAUGUAGACUGAGCACCAAGAGGGAACACUUAAUACCAUGGACCACAUACUAAAGCUUAACAAUGUGUUACUUCCUCCUAUUUGUUGUUGAAAUUUGUUUUUAUCUGAAUGCAUCUAUCACAUCUUGCACCACACACAAAUGAGUAUUUGGUCUUCCUGCAGAGAUCUUUGGCUGGUGUGCCACAGAAAGAUUUUUUUCUUUUUUAAUGUACAUUUGGCCUUGCUAUACACUCCUACAGACAUCUACGAAUUAAAUACGGUGGCCAAUAUUAAUUUUUAGUUGAGUCAUAGAGGACAUUCUGUAACAAACAACACUUGUAUCUUUUAAUUCAGAAAAGAAAAAGUUUAACUGUAUUUAUUGUACAUUUUUGAUACACUUGUUCUUACUUUUCCAGCGAGUCCAUUUUCCUUUGUCUGCUCAUGUUCGUCAUUCAUAAGUGCCUUUAUUUAAACAUGUGAAGACUGUCAGCUCCCAAUACUUAAUAUUGGGAUGCAUGUGCUCCCCUGAUGUCUUAACACAACAGAUUUCCUCUGCAUGUGUGGAGGAACAUUGAAUUAUUUGACCAAAGCUCUAUUGUAUUCUCACUGCAAGUCGUAUAAAGGCUUUACUCUGCAGCCACUCGCUUUCUUGUGUUUUAUAUUGUCACACAUAUUGUAUUUUCAAUAGAGGUACCAACAAAUUAUAAUACAGUAUAAACCUCGUAUUUGUUAUACACUUUUAAAUUUCACCCCUUUCUGCAAAACUAAUGAACUAUAGACUGAAUUCAGUGUAUGCUGUGAUCUACUUUCAAGGCAGUUUCACCUCUUCAAACAACGAACACAGUAACUGUCUGAGGUUCGAGCGUCCAACACGUUCACUAUAAUUCAUCUGUUUAUGUUUUAAUGCCAUUGCAUUCAAUAAAUCGUCCCUGAAU